AUGGCAUCACUAUUUCAGGCCCGGCGCAAGCCCAAGCGUGUAGUCCGAGAUGACCCAGACCACGCGCAAGACAACGAAGAUACCGGCCCGGUUGUCAAACGACCCGGCGCAGCCAAACAGAAAUCCAGACUACGAGUCUCCUUCGACCCUGGAAACGAGGAUAAUGACUCCAGCGCUGUUCCCUCAGAAAAUGAGCCGUCAGUGGUGCGCCCGUCCAAACGCGGCAUCUCAACCUCAUUACAAGACCGCCUAAAGCAGACCUCGCUACGAGAAGAAGAUGCGCGGCCCUCCUACAACAAAUCUGCUCUUGACGAGCUGCGGAACUCCACACCCUCCACACCUAAGGACCUGUCUCUCACCACAACCUCAGAUCCGGAAUCACACGACAACCGUACUAUCGACAUUGCGUCCAAAUUCGGCGCUUCCAUACCUUCCACAGCCUCCGCCUCAAUCCCUUCCGCAACCGAGAUCGCUGAGCGCAAAGCCCGCCGCGCACGCCUGGCCCAGGAGCAAUCCGCCCUUCCAGCCUCCACCACGGACCCGAACUCAGAAGACUAUAUUCCUCUAGAUGCCUACGACUCAGACGGCGAGUUCAAACCCACACGCAUGCAGGUUGGCACCUGGCACGCCCCAACCAAGGAAUCCGACUCCCGCCUCGUGCCAGAAGACGAAGACAUCGCCGAAGGCUUCGACUCCUUCGUCAACGACAACACCGAUCCCCGCGGCCGCAUCACGACCGACUCACUGAACCUGACGUCGCGGUCCGCGCGACACAACGCCGCCACCGCCCGCGAAGCGAUGCGCGCACAGAUCGCCGCCGCCGAAGCCUCCUCGGGCGGCGAUGGCGAUUCCAGCGGCGACGACGAGGCCGGCAGCGGCUACGACUCGGACGACGCUGCGCGCCACCACGCCUACGAGCUCGCGCAGACCGCCUACGGCCUCCCCUCCGCCUCCGCCAACAGCCAAUUCCUAAAGCGCCAGCAGCGCCGGCCCAAGCAGCCCAAAGAGACAACGCCGGUCGUGAAGCUGAGCGUGGGCUUGGCGGGCUUGCGGGAGCGCAUGGCGGCCAUCGGCGUCGAGAAGGGCCGCAUCGAGAGACGCCUCGCGGAGAUCGAGGUCGAGAGGCAGGAGGUCAAGUCGCGCCAGGAACAUAUCCAGCGGAGUCUGCAGCAGAGUGCGGAUGAGCUGCGGGUUCUCCAAGAGGAGCAGCAGGCGCGGAGUAGCGGCAGUGGAGAGCAGAAUGGUGGAAACGCGGAGGCAGUCAAUGUCAAUGGUGGCAAUGCCACCGGCAGCCCAAAGGAGGGCGGUCAGGUUGGUGAACGAGGGUUGGAGACGUUUGGGAGCGGCAUGAGUCGGCCCCCACCUGAUGAUGAGUAUGAGUGA